AUGAGGCUCUUCUGGUUGAUGACCCAGAAGAACUUCUUGGUGAUGUGGAGGAGCCGAUUAUGGACAGUCAUCGAGCUGAUUCUACCCUUAAUUAUCGGGAUCCCGGUUUCAAUUUUGAUAUUCAAAGACGGCGACGAGAUUAAUAUGGACUUUAAUUAUGCUCCUCAAGAAAUUAGGGACCAUUGGACCGGGGUUGAACAAUAUGCUUUUAGUGUUGGUCCUACCGUGGAUCAUAGCAUCGUUUACAACUUAAUAAAUACCACUUGUGCCCGGAAAACGCAAUACGGCACGAAUUGUGGAUUAAAUCCGGUGGCGACUGAGAAGGAGUUGUUUGAUUUGUUGCAACAACCAUAUAACUACGACCAAACCUCGGCCUCAAUCAGCUUGGGCUUCAUGAUCGAUGAGAUCGACCCAGCGACCAAGAAGUUCAGCUACCGCGUCUUCUACCCAAACUGGGUUUUAAAUGACGGUCUCGGCGAAGACUGGCAAAACGAGGACCCGUAUGCAAAUAUUGGGAAGAGCUGGUGGGGGGUAAGCACAGCCCGCUUGGCCAGCCACACC